CGUGAAAAAAAAUAGCGAUUCGAGUAUAAACGUUCAAGUUCAUCGAGCCAUCAAGCAACACGCGUAAUACGCGUUUACUGACACGUUGUAGGCUUUGUUUAUACAGUAAAACCGUCUCGUUUUCUUAUGGAUAUCGAUGCGAUAUCUAGACUUGCAGAAAAAAAAUGAUAAGAAACCGCGAUAAGAGUGCGCGAGCUUCGACGGAACGAAUAGACGACCGCGUGCUUCAAUUACAAUAUUACAAGCGAACUUGACGUUCGCAUGAACUAUUUAAUACCGUUUUUUCCAUAAACUUACAGCUACGCUACGUGUAAAUUAAGCGCAACAAGCCUUUGUUUAUGUUUAUUCAACGAACUUACAGACGGAGACCUUCAUUAAAUCAGCGUCGGCGCCGAACAUGCUGACUCAACAGAAUUUGUCCACAAAGUAGCGAAUCAACUAAUAGUAAAAAUGACACAUCUUAUGGACAAAUCUAAAAAACGAUCAAGAUGGUACUUUGGCGGUUUAGCAUCUGCUGGAGCAGCAUGCGUUACCCAUCCCUUAGAUUUAUUGAAGGUUCAUUUACAAACUCAACAGGAAGGAAAAACUUCUGUAUAUAAAUCAACUGUUAAUAUUAUUAGAACCCAAGGAGUAGCUGCACUGUACAGUGGCCUUAGUGCUUCAUUGCUAAGGCAACUCACUUAUUCAACUGUUAGAUUUGGAGUUUAUGAGGUUGGAAAACAAGCAAUUGAGACGCCUGGACAACAUGCUCCUUUUUAUCAGAAACUAGUAUUAGCUGGUGUUUCUGGAGCUGCUGGUGGCAUAGUCGGUACUCCUGGAGAUUUGAUAAAUGUAAGAAUGCAGAAUGAUAUCAAAUUGCCUGUUGAUAAACGAAGAAAUUACACAUGGGCUGGAAAUGGACUUAUGCGAGUAUGCCAAGAAGAAGGUUUUAGAACUCUCUUCAAUGGAUGCUCAACUGCUACUGCUAGAGCAGUUUUAAUGACAAUGGGACAACUGAGUUUUUAUGAUCAAAUUAAAUUAACACUCAUGAAAACUCAUUACUUUACAGAUAAUUAUGUUACACAUUUCGUAGCCAGCUUACUUGCCGGUGCCAUAGCUACAACAAUGACUCAACCUUUAGAUGUUUUAAAAACUCGUGCCAUGAACGCUAAGCCUGGAGAGUUUAAAAAUAUGAUGCAACUAAUUUUGUAUACUGCAAAAAUGGGUCCUUUAGGAUUUUUUAAAGGAUACGUUCCAGCAUUUGUCCGACUCGCUCCACAGACUAUAUUAACGUUCUUGUUCCUAGAAAAUUUGCGAUUAAAUUUUGGAUCUUUUCCACCGCAGUAAUGCUACACAUAAUUAUAUUUUUUUAAUGCUAUAAACCUGAAGUAAAUUAGCAAAAAGAAUUUGCGUGACAAUUUACUAAGAAAUGACGAAGUAAAAUGCAUUACUCUGUACUGAAUUAUGCUCCAAAUAUUGUCAUAGAUACUUUUUUAUGCUUUUUAUGUGUCUGAUAAGCUUUUUGAAAUCGUACAAUAUCAACUUCACAAUGAAAAAUUAUUUAUAAUUUUGUUUAAUAUCAUAAUAAUUAUCAUGUAAUUAUUUAGUUAACCAAAGCAUUCCAUUAUAUAUUUGUUAUAUUUACUAAUAAAAAAUAUUUUUAUAGAUGUUUUUUAUAAGAUAUUAAAACAAGCCAUAAUCGUACAAAAUACUUACAGUACAAUAAAAAUAAAAUAAUAAUACGCGACCAUGAAUCCAGAUACGCUUUUAGCUUUAUAUGUAUAAUAUACAACGUUACAUUGUUUGAUACAAUAUUGAAUAGUUUAUAUUCUGUGUAAUACAUCUUAUGCAAAAUGAAUGCGUACAAAAAAUAUUUACAACAAAAUUAAAGUACAAGCAUAAUAUGCAAUAGAAGUCAACUAUUUAUAUUAUAUAUAAGAGAUAUUUUGUUAAUGCUUCUAAAUUAAAGUGAGUUGAGACGAAGGUUGAAAUUCGCAUUAAUCGCGAAUUUGUGAAACUGUGCUUUGCACUUGGAAAAAUUAUAAAAAAGUUAUAUUUGUAUACGAUAUAGUUAAAAGAAACUUGUUGUUUUUCCAUUUGGUGUAUAUUGAAAUUAUAUUUAUGAAAAUUCUAAAUAUUGUAUAGAUGGGGAAAUGUUUUAAAUAUUUACAUUAUAAUUGUUGAUAAUAAAAAAGUUGAUUGUGCUGACUAUAUAUAGUGCAAAAAAUUUGUUUUCCGAAAUUUAUUUCUGUGUUAAUCAAUAAAGGCAAUAAUACUUUUAUGAAUACACUUUUAUUGGGACUAUUUUAUUCGUACAAUUAUGACGAGUAAGCAGUUCCGAUGGAAAAUUUGUAUGAUCAUCAUGCACUUUUAAUUUAAUAGUAUUUUUUCAAAUUAAUAAACGU